GCCUAGACCUCAAACAGUCAGAGAGCCCAGGAGUCCUCAGUUCAGCCUGCUCCUGCAGCCAGUCGCCCACCAGAAGGAUGAGGGUCAGCCUUGUUCUCCUGGCCGUCCUCCUCACUGUCUCCGCUCUCCAUUCCGAGGCCAAGAAAGAACUAGCUGACAACAUGCCUCGCUGCUGUUACUCAUACAUCUCUCGGACAAUCCCACUCCGUGUUGUGACAGGUUAUGAGAGGACCGGUUCCCACUGCUCCUUGCAAGGGGUCAUGUUCCUUACCAAAAGUGGGCGAAAGCUCUGUGCCAAUCCCAGUAAUUCUUGGGUGCAGAGGCACAUCAGACACCUGGACCAGAAGUCAAAGUGAUCGGGGAGCAGCAGGGCCAUCACAGCCUAGGGAACAGGAGAACAGGGCACAGAGCUCCCUCCCCACCCCAACCAACUCUCUCAGCCCCAGGUGG